AUGGAUGCAAUAACUCACUUAUCAACCAAGCAUCGGGACUACCCCAAAAGCCAAGAAAAAGACAGAGAUAUUACUCCGAGAUUGGAUUGGGUCAACCGCGUGCCUGGUCUUGAUAACGGGUGGGUAAAUUCAUGA